CCGACACAGCGACACCAAAUAGUUCUUGAACGAAGUAUUGGUUCUAAUAUACCACCUCUCUUCUGUUUUUAUGUGCAAAGCCAACUCGCUUUCCACAAUCUUCUUCAGCUAUAGCACCCCCAGACAGCAGCCCACUACACCACCUCGAACUACUCCAACGAUGGCUCCUCCCGGCGUAAAUGGCUUUUAUUACUACUCCUUCACAACCGUAGACCCAUUUCUCUCCCUUCUAUCCGUCUACCUGAACUACUUCGCCCCAGAAACUCUUAUCGACCCCGCAUUUCCGCGCACAUCUCCCCACGCCCAGUUGACACCCUCGCAUGCCUUCUUGCAUCACCAAGCAGGCGGUUCCUUUGCCAUGUUCGCCUUCCUCAUGAUUUUCAUGCUCCGGUACACGGACGACUUGGGCGUGUGGAAGCUGUUUCAGGCGGGGCUGUUGUUCACUGAUUUCGCGGCGCUGUUUAGCAUGUUCAAGGCGGUGCAGGCGCACGGUGGGCCGAUCAGGAGUGAAGCGAGCACUAAUAUUGCAAUUAUUGCUGUUAUUACGCUUGUGAGAGUGCUGUUUGUGAUGGGUGUAGGCGUUGGUGGCCGGGGUCAGGCUCAGAGUCGAGCUCGAGGUCGCGGUCGUGGGGCUGGCAAGAGGGCUUGAAACUACGGAGAGCCUUGAUGCAAGUAAUCUACAGCUAUCCCUCGGGCACCGUUCGGGCAGAAGAAAUGGCUGGUUGAGGUUCGGUUUGAGUCAGUGCUUUUGACACGGUUCGCAACCCAUUUGGCACUCUUAUAAUCAUGUCGAGACAACAGUCAUAUAUAUGCAUACCCGCAUUCAUGCGGGUUGAUCAUAUCGAAGAGAGAGAUAGAGUAGUUCCGAACUGAGGGGCUUGAACUUGAGCGGACAGACUUGCGCUAGCAUCGAUCCAACAUCCUAUGUCUAUGUAUUCAACAAUAAAUACGUCGAGAGUAAAAUAUCUCCAUGGGGUCGAGAAGAGGAACUUAACAAAUCUUGGUCAGAUCAGCAAUUAAAGUUGGCUUCACGACUACGUAGAGCAGGCCGAGUCUGUAACUUGAGAUCUAUCCGGUUUUAUUUAUGUAAUAUGAAAAAGGAG